CCUUGUGGGAGGCGGCGCAGAAAUGACACUUGGUCAAUCAAGCUUCGCAAACUCUCGCGUUCUCGCUAUUCAAUUGAUUAGGGAAAGGCAUACUAGCUAGCUAGCUGCUGGUCGUCCGUUUAGGAAGACGGGGUAGCUAGUCAGCUCGGCUGAAUUCGUAUUGUGGCAAAAAUGGCGGCGGGUAGUGUCAACCCGUUUAAUCUCAGCGAUUCCGAGGAGGAAACUGAGAGAAGAGCGGAUGGCGCCGACAUCGAACGCAGCCCCACUGAUGGACCACAAGGCCAGAGCACCAACCCCUUCUCCCCGCAGGCGGACAGUGAACCAGCGAUAUUAUUAUUAUCAAGCACCCGAACCAGCCCCAGCGUGGAAGGAAUAUCGGUCUCGACUGCUGCAGCCGCUGCCGUUGGAGCCAACGCAGACACUAGGGUUCCUGUGGAUGUGAUCGCUGCCCAGUUACUCCGGGAUCAAUACAUCCUCACGGCCCUUGAAUUACACACAGAACUGCUCGAAGCUGGCAGAGAGCUUCCCCGGUUGCGGGAUUAUUUCUCAAAUCCUGGCAACUUUGAAAGGCAGAGCGGAACUCCACCCGCAUGCAAAGAGCAAGGACUUGGUCCUGGAGGAGCGCUCAACGCACAGGUGCAGGAUAGGAAAAGAAGAAAAAACUCUGCUGUACUCGAUCGCGCGGGCAGCAUCAGCACGCUGGACUCGCUGGACUUCGCCCGCUACUCCGACGACGGCAACCGCGAAUCUGACGAGAGGGUGGCAGUCCUGGAGUUUGAGCUACGGAAAGCCAAGGAGACCAUUCAGGCUCUGCGCGCAAACUUGACUCAGGCAGCAGAAUGUGAAGUUCCCUCCCAGGAGAGGAAAAAUUUCAAGUCCAGCCCUGAAAUUCAGGAACCUAUCCGCCCUCUAGAGAAAAGAGCCUUAAAUUUUUUAGUGAAUGAAUAUUUAUUGAAAAACGAACAUAAGUUAUCGUCCAUAACAUUCUCAGAUGAAAAUGAUGACCAGGAUUUUGAAUUAUGGGAUGACGUGGGCCUGAACAUUCCAAAGCCGCCUGAUCUGCUGCAGCUGUACCGUAACUGUGGCAACAGCUUCCCGUCUUCCAGGGAGACCGUGGAUGUGGCAGUAGGGGUGGAUCCUGGCGAGUUGGGCGCGGACUACAUUACCCAGCAGCACUUGCAGAAGCCGGAGACCAUACAGCAAGUGGAGGUGGUGGAGGAGUUGGAGUACCAGAUCAGCCUUUUAACCAGUGAGAAGCAGAGCCUGGCCGAGCAGAUCAAGAAACUGCAAAGCGAGAUCCAAGAGCUGAAGAGGAAUGUGUCGAGCGCCCCACCAGGCGUCUCCCCGGAUACGGGCCAGUUGGGGGCCUCGCCCGCCUCGGAGGACCGGGCCUCGUUGGACAACGGCCAGUACCUGGACAUCCGGGGGGUGACGGAGGCCAAAGAGGUCACGCAGCAGCCUAGGGUUGACCCCCCGACAGCACCAACGUCUGGUCCACCGGCUGUGGCCUUCUCUGGCCCACCUAACCCCCCCACGCCACACCACGCCAAGCUCAAGCCACCCGACGGCAAGGGGCCUGUACAGUUCGACCAGCCCAACAGGAAGUUGUCGGCUGCGUUCCACCAGGCCCUGCUCUCUUUCUGCCGCAUGUCAGCCGACAGCCGCCUCGGCUCUGAGGUGUCUCGUAUAGCAGACAGCGAAGAGAGUGUGAUGCUGAUGCUGGGCCGCUGUCUUCCUCACAUCGUCCCCAACGUCCUGCUGGCCAAGCGCGAGAGAAUGGUUGUGCACCUGUGUCAGGAGCUGAUCCCCCUCAUCCUGUGUACGGCCUGCCUGCACCCCGAGCCCAAGGAGAGAGACCAGCUGCUACACAUCCUCUUCAACCUCAUCAAGAGACCAGACGACGAACAGAGGCAGAUGAUCCUGACAGGAUGUGUGGCGUUUGCUCGGCAUGUCGGUCCCACACGGGUGGAGGCUGAACUGCUACCCCAAUGCUGGGAACAGAUCAACCAUAAGUAUCCAGAGAGGAGGCUGCUGGUGGCUGAGUCAUGUGGAGCUUUGGCACCCUACCUUCCUAUCUGCUCUCGGGCUCUUGUGCUGCAGAAUAGUGCGAAGGAGAUCCGCAGCUCUCUGGUGCUGUCCAUGCUGCAGCAGAUGCUGGCGGAGGACAAGGCUGAUAUGGUGCGGGAGGCCGUGGUCAAGAGCCUGGGCAUCAUCAUGGCCUACAUAGACGACCCCGACAAAUACUCACAGGGCUUUGAGAUGAUGUUGCUGUCUCUGGGUGACCCGUCGGAGCGCGUGGUCAACGCCACACACCAGGUCUUCAUCCCCGCCUUUGCUGCCUGGACCACAGAGCUGGGCAACCUGCAGUCCCAACUCAUCCCCUCCCUACUGAGCCGCAUAGAGAAGCUACUGAAGCAGGGGGAGCAUGGUCUGGAUGAGCAUAAGCUCCACAUGUACCUGUCGGCUCUGCAGUCCCUGAUCCCUCCGCUCUUCGCCGUGGUGCUGCAGAACGCCCCCUUCACCAGCCGAGCCAAACUGCAGGGAGAGGCGCCCACUAUAGAAGUGACUAGGUUCCCUCGGCCGGCCUCCCCCCUGCAGGACGUGUCAACCAUAGUGGGCAGUCGGGAGCAGCUGGCUCUGCUGCUGCAGCUCUACGACCACCAGCUCACCCACGAGGGCACCACCGGCUGGGACAGCCUGCUCUGGGUGGUCAACCAGCUUCUUCCUCAGCUGAUUGAGAUAGUGGGCCGCAUCAAUGUCACCUCCUCCACCUGCGUCCACGAGUUCUCGCGCUUCUUCUGGCGCUUCUGCCGGACUUUUGGCAAGAUCUUCACCAACACCAAGGUAAAGCCUCAGUUCCAAGAAAUCCUGCGUUUGUCCGAGGAGAACGUGGAUGCCUCAGCUGGCAAUGGCAUUCUGACCAAGGCCACGGUGCCUAUCUAUGCAACGGGGGUGCUCACCUGCUACAAUCAGGAGGAGGACCGUAAGCUACUGGUGGGUUUCCUGGAGGACGUGAUGACGACUCUGUCCCUGUCCCACGCCCCCCUGGACAGCCUCAAGGCCUCGUUUGUGGAGCUGGGGGCUAACCCGGCAUACCAUGAGCUGCUGCUGACAGUGCUGUGGUACGGGGUGGUCCACACCUCCGCCCUGGUGCGAUGCACGGCCGCACGCAUGUUCGAGCUGUCCCUGCGUGGCAUGAGCGAAGCCUUAAUUGACAAGCGCGUAGCCCCGGCGCUCAUAACACUGUGCAGUGGGCCCGAAUUCUCCGUAAGGAUAUCCACCAUCCCUGCUUUCGGAACUAUUAUGGAGACGGUCACGCAAAAAGAGCUGUUGGAGAGGGUGAAGAUGCAGCUGGCCUCCUUUCUGGAGGACCCCCAGUACCAGGACCAGCACUCCCUGCACAUGGAGAUCAUCAAGACCUUCGGCCGCGUCGGCCCGAACGCCGAGCCGCGCUUCAGGGAUGAGUUCGUUCUUCCACAUUUGCACAAGCUGGCGCUGGGCAACAACGUGCAGACGGCGGAGAGCAAGCGUAUUGACAUCGCCACGCAGCUCUUCGAGGCCUACAGCGCCCUGUCAUGCUGCUUCAUUUCUGAGGAGCUGAUGGUGAAUCACUUCCUUCCCGGUCUGAGGUGCCUGAGAGCCGACAUGGAGCAUUUCUCCCCCGAACACGAGGUUAUUCUGAGCUCCAUGAUUAAAGAGUGUGAGCUGAAGGUGGAAAACAGGGGUGUCGGAGAGGCACAAGGGUCCAUGUCUAUCGCAGCAAGUCUUGUCGGCGAAGACGCCAAGACGAAGUUCCUGAGUAAGAUGGGUCAACUGACCACCUCUGGCGCCAUGUUGGCUAACGUGUUCCAGAGGAAGAAAUGAGAGAAACGAGCUGCUUUUUUUAUUGAGAAUUUAAGUUACCCCCCUUUCGGUCGUACCAAUAGCACCUAAGCUCUGAUUUUUAAAGAAUACUGGAAUGCAGCAUUCACAGAGAACGGCUGUGGCAUCAAUUUUGUGUAUAUUUUUGAGAUCAGUGCUUAGAUUCCAUAAGUGUGACAGGAAGGGGCGUGGCCUAGACUCUCCAUUGGGGGGUUAAACUUCCCAUGAGCCUUUGCAGUCUGGGGACCCUCUACUUGAAGAAAUCAAUCGUCUGCCUUUAUUUUGUUUCGUCUGUCUGGAUUUCGAAAGGCUCUAUUUUAUAUCUUUAUUAUUUAUGUCACAUAACUUUAUUCCAACCUCCAAAGAUUUGCACUUCACUUUGUUUUGUUUCUUUCCUUUGAGUUAUUGCACAGUCUUAUAUAAAAAAAAACACUACUGUUUUGUUUUUGCUUUUGUUUUUUUGUUGAUGUUGUUUUGAAGGUGUAAAGGCAAGACUACUCAUGAUUCCCUCCCUGUGUGGUCCCUCUGUGUUGCCGUGGAUGUUUUUUUUUUUCCUUUGUUUAUUUGUUUGUCUGUUGUUCGUUUCCUAUAAGCGGGUGUCUUUGUUUGGGUAUCUUUUUUCUUUCGUUUUUGGAUAUGCUCUCUAACAGUAAAUAUAUGUAUUAUACACUGAAGAACGAGAACGGUACAGCUAUUAUGUACAUUUGAAAAAUUGGUGUCAUCUAAUAAUUAAAAAAACGAGAAACUUG